CCAAACACCAUGUGCCACACCAGCUGCUCCACUGGCUGCCAGCCAAGCUGCUCUGUGCCCCUGUGCUGCAAGCCAGUCUGCUGUGUCCGUCCUUGCAGCCGCCCAGCCUCCUGUGUGACCCUGCUGUGCCAGCCAGCGUGCCCUGUGGUGACCAGCUGCCAGGCAGUCUGUGGAACUGGCAGCUGCUCCCCCUCCUGCUGUGUGUCCAGCCCCUGCCAGUCCAUCUGCUGUGUGCCCAGUUCCUGCCAGUCUGCCUGCUGUGUGUCCAGCCCUUGCCAGUCCACCUGCUGUGGGUCUAGCCCCUGCCAGUCUGCCUGCUGUGUGCCUGUCUGCUGCAAACCCACUGUAUAUGUCCCUGUGUCCUGCAAGCCUGUAGCCUGUGGGGUCCCCUCCUGCCAGGCCUCCUGCUGCCAGCCAGCCUCCUGUACCUCCCUGCUCUGUGCCCCAUCCUGCUGCUGAGCAGUUCCCUCCCUCAUAUCCCACAGAUUGGA